ACCAUAUACUUCGCUAAAUUUAUAAGAACAUUUCGAUGGGCACAACUUUAUCGUAUCUCUCCGUUAUUAACUUUCCUCUAUGAUUUAGUAAUUUAAUUAUGAUUCCAGUCUCUAUACAUUAUUCCAGCAGAUCAUUUAGGCAACACAACGUAUCACAUCGAAAGCGCCUCGCUAUCAUUUAAAAUGGGUUAGUCUUUCAUUUUAACCUAAACAAGCUAUUAAAACGUUUCAGUUUAUAUCCUAUACCGACACUAACGACCGUAUUUUUUCAGGCAAAACAUCAAAUUAUUUAAUUAAAGACUCAGAUUUUAGUCAGAGCAUUUACCGUGAAUCGAACUCAGGUCUCAAGCUUGGAAGGCAGCUAUUUAACCAUUGAACCACCAUCACUUUUGGAAUAAAGGAGCCAAUAACAAUUACAAUUUCGGUGGUUUCUGUUUACAAUCGCGGUGCAAUAUCCACAUGGAGCCUCGCAUUCCCUGGCGAAAUGUCAGUUUUUAUUACAAUUGUAACAUCUUUGUCCCCCCUUUCUCCCUUCCUCUGACGUUCCAUUUCUGUCCGACCUAGUCCUGUUCUCUCUGUCUUUCUUAGGUCCUUUCCCCUUUAGGCCUCCUUCAUGCCUGUCCAGAAUUACCCCGAUAGUUACGGUCAGAUGUUUUGACUCAACCUGUUCUCUCUGUUUACAGUCUCGGMGAUUGUGGCCUAUUUUAUUGCAGUAUUUACACGGAGCCUCACAAUCUCUAGUAAAAUGACCCGUUUUUUUACUCUUAAAGCGUCUAUCUCUCCCUUUCUUCUGACCGUCUCUAUCCACUUUUGUCGACUUUCUCCCUUUCUCUACCUCUAUUAUCCCUCCCUCGGCUCCAGCAGGCUCCGCAUAUGGUGGUGGUGGUUGUGCGGGCAGCACCUGCUGCCGUCUCCUCACCACCACUAUUUCAUCAUCAGGAUUAUCUCUCCACGCCAGAUCGGCCAGAGAGGGAUGCAAUUUAGGCUUAUGGGGAGCCUCCUGAGGAGCCGUGGGAAUCCUCGUUUUCUGUUCCCGACAACCUACUUCUUUUUUUCUUUUCUCCCUCAGCUCUCUUCCUCGCCUCGGCUAACCAUACCCUUGCUGUAUCAAGCCCCUCUGCCCGUUGUUUAUCUGCCUUGUCUCCACAAACCCUAUUUAUUUGUUUAAUCAUUGAUUCCAGUUUUUCUUUAUUUAAAUGUAUGUCAAAUUCAUACUUUUUCCUCCAUUUUAAACAGAAUUCAAUGUUCCUUCUGUCUUUCUGCUCCAUAUAACGAUGAUCUCCCGUCCAUUCCGGGACCUCCUUGGAGGAUUUACUACCCAUGUUUAAUAAAUCCUUGCCGCUCCUAGUAGCUAUGUUUGACCUGACAGGACUUAGUGUGUUUGAGUACACACACCCCUGUGACCACGAGGAGCUAAGGGAGAUCCUGGUACACAGAACAGGGACCUCUAAAAAGGCCAAGGGACCAAACACAGAGCGCAGCUUCUUCCUGCGGAUGAAAUGUACCCUCACCAGCAGGGGGCGCACUGUCAAUGUCAAAUCAGCCACCUGGAAGGUUCUCCACUGCUCAGGCCAUGUGCGAGUCCAUGAAGCCCCAGCUGAGCAGAGCCCCUGUGGGCACAAGGAGCCGCCCGUCUCCUACCUGGUGCUGGUCUGUGACCCCAUCCCCCACCCCUCCAACAUCGAGGCGCCGUUGGACACCAAGACCUUCCUCAGCCGCCACACACUGGACAUGAAGUUCACCUAUUGUGACGAGAGGAUCACUGAGCUGAUGGGCUAUGAUCCAGAGGACCUGUUAAAUCGCUCUGUGUAUGAGUACUACCAUGCCUUGGACUCAGACCACCUCACUAAGACCCAUCACAACUUGUUUGUUAAGGGCCAGGUGAGCACAGGCCAGUACCGCAUGCUGGCUAAGAUAGGUGGCUUUGUGUGGGUGGAGACUCAGGCCACUGUUAUCUACAACAGCAAGAACUCCCAGCCCCAGUGUGUUGUCUCUGUCAACUUUGUGCUCAGUGGCAUUGAGGAGGAGAAAAUGGUGCUGUCUCUGGAGCAGACUGAGGACAUGAGGUCUGUAAAGAAGGAGCUGGUGGAGGAGGAAGAAGAGGACGAGGGCUCAGAGGCAGAGGUGUCCCCUGUGCUCCUGAAGGAGGAGAAGGUGGAUGUGAUGAAGCUGUUCACCCAGGCAAUGGAGGCCCAGCCGCUGGCCAGCCUGUACGACAGACUGAAGGAGGAACCAGAGGCCCUCACCCUUCUGGCCCCGGCCGCAGGAGACACCAUCAUCUCCCUGGACUUCAGCAGCCCCGACUCUGACAUCCUGCUGACGGACGUGCCACUCUACAACGAUGUGAUGCUGCCCUCCACCAGUGACAAGCUGGCCCUGCCUCACUCUAUGCUGCCCCCCAGUGAAGAGCCCCUGAGCCCCAGCGCCUCAGUGGAGACCAAGGCAGGUCCAGACUCCUUCAGCACCCCAGGCAGCCACAACUCAACUGAGCCUGACAGCCCGCUGAACUUCUGUUUUCCAAUGGACUCUGACAUCAGUGCUGCGCUUAAACUGGACCUGGUGGAAAGACUGUUUGCCAUCGACACAAAGCCCAAGACGCCUUUCACCUCACAGGGCAUGGAGGACCUGGACCUGGAUAUGUUGGCCCCAUACAUCCCCAUGGAUGAUGACUUCCAGCUGCGCACCCUGUCCCCAGAGGAGCCCCCGUCGUGUGGCCCAGCCCAACCCCUGGAGAGCUCUCCUCUGUGCUCUCCUCUGCACCUCACCCAGGAUGUCCACAGCUACACUGAUUCCCCCUUCAGUGCCCCAAGCAGCCGGACAGCUUCCCCAGCCCCGGAGCUGGCAGCUAGCCCUUGCCCUGCCUCCUUACUCACCAUGAGGGCGCCUCAGAUGGACAGAGAGAUCUCCCUCAGGACACUGGCCACCCAGAACUCACAGCUCAAGAGAAAGUUGUCUCUGUCUCAGGCUGUCGGAAUAGUACAUAGGGCAUUGCUCCAGGACCCUCCUGGGCCAGGUAAAAAGCUCAAGGUGUCUGAGCUGGGCAGCUCUGAGGCUCCUUCCAACAGGACCGUACUGCUCCUACCUACAGACCUGGCAAGCUGCCUGCUUGGCAUCUCCUCGGAGGGCAGCGGUUCGCCCUUCACCCUUCCACAGCUGACCCGGUAUGACUGUGAGGUUAAUGCCCCUGUGGUGGGUCGCCAGCACCUGCUGCAGGGCGAGGAUCUGCUGUGUGCCCUGGACCAAGUCAACUGAGUCAACGCUUAGCCUGCCCCCUGCUGGACCAGACUAGACACUACAACUUCUCACUCACUUCCUGUCCACCCACUGCCACUUUAUUUGUCUCUGUGUGAGUUUGAUAUUAUACUUUGGCUGCCGUCUGCAUCCACCAAGUGAUCUCUGCAGCGUUCCACCUUGAUGAAAGUCAUACAGAGUUGGUGUAAGGGAUGUGGUAGUGUUUGUAGGUAGAGGCACGUAAUUGUUUCUUUCUCGGGAGUCUGACAGCACACGUAUGGCACCUCCAUGGAUGGCUCUGUUGUCUGGUCUCCAUGGAAACCGGUGGCGCUACUGCCAGCAGUGUAUUGUAAGCUUUAAUUGCACAAUUUAUAUAUAUUUUUGAAAUACGAUUACCAGCAAUAUAUAUAUUACGGCUUUUUAAAAGUCGUUUUAAUGGAAUUUCAACCAUUUUAUUGGACUUUUUCCUCUGUAUUCUUAUGUUGUGUACAACAAUAGUAUAUGGUCCAGAAGGCUGAGUUCAUUGUUUCAUUGGAUGUUAUAUCCUCAUUACUGGUUACCAGUAUUUUAGGCAUAAGUGUGUGUUACUGUGCAUUGACCAGGGGAACUUUCCGAGAUGUCUUAAAGCCUUGUCAUGAGUAAUAAAAUACAUGUGGAAAGGUAUAAUAGGAACUAAAUCCAGUGUUUGUUUUUAACAAUGGAGGAUUCGCCACUCAGUUUGAUCAUGUAUUUCAUAUUUUUAGUCGAGACUCAAACACUUCAUUUAGAAUUUAGUGACGUGUGUCAUAUGAUCAUCAUUUUACCAGUAUAAUUAUCUCAUCAUUAGUAGCAAGCAAGUGUUAUGCUUGCAUAACUGUUUUCAAUUUUUUUUGUCUGUUUUAUGGCAUUGGUCCACAUACUGUAGUGUUGUCAUGCUUCCUGUUGCUGUGUAAAAUAAAACUGAAAAAAAUUAUAAUUGCCUUGUUUAAAACAUA